AACUGUCAAAACAAGAAUAUUCGUGGCCUGUGACUGAAGCCGAUUUCAAGCAUAAAAAUCGGCAUAAAAAUACAGUUAAUUUAGCAAAUUUUCACAUUAAAAUAUGUUUUAAGUAUAGUUAAUGUCAUUUUGAAGUUGAACAACACAAUAGUUUUAUAUUUUUGGUUAUGUUUUGCAUCACCGCGUAAAUAAACACAGAAGUCGAAAAUGGUCCGCGACGGCUCGGUCACCUCGUUCCGGAUCGUCUCGGUGGACCACUACAUGCACAAGCCGGAACCGCGCUUCGACUCGUGCUACUCCGAGUUCCGGGGGUCGGACGUGCGGCAGGUUCCGGUGGUGCGGCUGUUCGGCUCGACCGCCGACGGAACGCACUCCUGCGUGCACAUCCACGGGGUGUUCCCGUACCUGUACGUGCCGUACGAUGGGGCGAGCGCGGACUCGUUGGCCGUGGACCGGCUGAUGUACCAGAUUGCCGGCAGCUUGGACAAGGCGAUAAAUGUGUCGCUGGGGAACGCGAACUCGGCGGCGACGCACGUCUUCCGGAUCGCGCUGGUGAAGGGGAUACCGAUUUACGGCUACCACCGGAAGGAGCAUCAGUUUUUCAAAAUCUUUCUGUACAAUCCGUAUUUCAUCCGGAAGGCGACCAAUCUGCUCAUGAACGGCGUCAUCAUGUCCCGGGUGUUUCAGACGUACGAAACGCACGUGCCGUACAUUCUGCAGUUUUUCAUCGAUUACAACCUGUACGGGAUGAGCCUGAUGAACGUCCCGACGGCGGCAGUUCAGGAGCGAGGCGACGGAGAAGGUCAGCUGGCAAAGAUGUCCACGUCCGAGUACGAGGUCGACAUCCUGGCGGUUGACAUCCUGAACCGAGCCACGAUGGAGGAGGAGAAGCGUUCGCCGUACGCCAAUCCGGGAAUCGCCUCGAUUUGGAACGAUGAACAAGCGAGAAGGAGAUUACUCGAAAUGGACCAACCGGAAGCGCUCAGUUUAUCGCAGAGCGGGAAGGUCGAAAUCGUGACCGAGAGCGACCGGUUUUACCGGUCCCUGCUCGCAGCAAAAAUAGCUUCCGAAAGCCGUCCAAAUCGCACAGACUCGGACGAUUCGAAACGCAUGAAACCUCCGGUUUCGUUCCUCCCGUCGGAAGCCGCCGAAGACGAACCGCUGCUGGACGCGUCCUGCGUCCAGGACCACAAGAACUUCACCCAACAAGCUUCCUUCGACCAGUCCAACACGACGUACAACUUCGACCUGAGUCAGGUCGACGAGGAGCGCAUCAUCAGCAUGUCGCAGCAUCCGGACGCGACGUUCGCCGACGAAGAUCACGAGCUGCUGGACAUUAUGAAGGAGCUGGAAGGUCGCGACCAGGAGGACGGGGACAGCCUGUUGGCCCCGUUGACGCAGCAAAGUCUGGCAAAACCCAGUUCCUCACAAGAAAGCAGCAGCAAGCGAUUGAACGCCACGUUGGGCGGAGAUCUGGAGGCGGUUUCACUCGUGGAAGGCGAAGAAAAGGUCGAAGCGAUGGAUUCCGACGACGAGUUCCUGCUAGAUUACACACUGAAAACGGAGGGGAACGCAUUUCUCAACGACAGUGACGACGAGUUCUUGGAGUCGAGCGUGAUUCCACAGCUCGACGGUGCGGACGGAGAAAUUCCGACUACAAACGCCAAACGAACCCGGCACAACGGUGUGAACGGACAUGGGCCGAUGCAGAAACGGGUUCGGUUGACGAACGGAGUUGAGACGAAAAAGGUUCCUCUCGCGAAUGGGUUGCCACGUACGAGGAAGGCGGGCAAGAUGGAGGAGGUCGUGCUGAACGGGGUUGUUGCGAAUGGAGUUGAUGAAGAGGGAUUUUCUUCUAGCAGGAAAAAGGUUAAGGUUGAUGACGAACCCAAGAUGAAACCGCUGCAAAUAAGAAUCAUGGACCUUGCAAACCUCGCCGAAUCGGAGUUUGGGUCUUCCAAAGGGGAACCUCAGAGCAUGACAAAUGGUUCCAGCAGCAAGUCGAGCGACGUGCCCCAAAUGAAGCAGUUGCAAAUACGAAUUCCCCGAAUGGACUUCUCGAACUACCCGCUUCCGUCAACGUCAUCAUCCCCCUCCCGGGACACCUCCCCGUACGAUGAGUUCCGGCUGGCACGCGAGUACGACCUCGUCAACAACUGGGACCCCCAGGAGGGACUUUCGCGCGGUCAGUCCUCCGGCCGACGAGGUCGCGGCCGCGGCCGCUCCAAAAAGUCUCGACCAUAUCGGAGGAAGAAGCUGGAGCCGGAACCCGCUGAGCAAGAACCGGAAAUUGAUCUCGUUCUGUCCCAGCAGUUUCAGGACAUUAUCAAACUCUCGCCCAAGGUGCUGAUCAAGCCGAUCAACAACUCGGAGGCGACGUUCGUGACGGACGAGGUGUCGCGAUGCUCGCAGGAACGGCCGGAUGCGGAGCUGCCGGAGAUUGCGCAGGUUUCGGGUCGAACGCAGUCGCACACUCCCGAUGGGGGUGAAGGUUGUACGAUCGUCGAUGAUGCGGAAGAAGAGGAGGAGGAGAAUGACCUCAACAUUAAGAGCUUCUACGAGCAGACGCUCGCGUUUGACGACUUUGACGAGCUUGGGUCGGGGUCGGAUGAAAGCGUGAGCGAGUUCAGGUUUCCGAUCUUGAAGGACGACAGCGCGAAGAUCUCCGUUACGCUCGAGGAGAAGCCGCCUUCGUUCGAGGACGCUCUGGAAGCGUUGCAAAAGUUCAUCAUACCGCAGGUCAUCAACCGCGAGCCGUUCUACAGCAAUCCGGACGACGUGACGGGUCGCAAGGAGGUCGGCCACGUCGUGCUGAACAUCGGCGGAAGCAGCUUGAACGACCUGGAGGAAUUCAAAAGUGUCGUGCCCGGGUUGGGCUCGAUCAACCAAGCACGCUACGAGAAGCUUAGCUCGAUCUACGGCGAAGACCUGCACGAAGCUUUGGGCGUUUCGGCGACGCGACCCAACGCCGCUCGACUCAAAGAACUGCUCGCAACGGAAGCACCCGUAGUAAUACACUCCGCGGCGCGACCUCCGUCCAAACACGAAGCCAAAGUGUGGCUCGAGGCGAUGAAGAGCAUCCGCGUCGAGAAAGAAACGGUCGACAACGGCCAGGACAGUCCCAUCAAGGUCAAAAAGAUGCAAGCCAUCAUGGCCGGCGGAGACGCGGAGCAGUCAAACACCCAGCAAAAGCCUCGAAUUGACCACGACAGCACGCUCAACCUGAGUUCCCUAAUCAGCGACGACAACGUGAGAUCUUCCGGAGUCGACUCCAGUGCAACGAAAUCGCUCGUAUCCAAAAUUCUAAGCAUGAACACGCGAUCGUCCCCCGCCAGGGCGGACUCCCCAACCAUGUUCUCCCCGUCAGCCGAGCCGAACCAGCUGGAACUGUUAAGCUACAGUGCCCGUAGGAAGCGAAGACCAAAGGCGCGACUGUCGCUCAGUGCCGCAAGGUUUAAGCGACUUCGGAGUGAGAGUAGUGCGGUGAAGGACGAUGUCCGGGUGGAGCAGCUGAACGAGAGUUCCCGCUCGGACGUGGAAGAAGGCGUGGACGUGAUCAACUCGUCGCAGAUCGUUGUCGCUAGUCAAAUUUCGGAGGGGUCGUCGUCGGACUGCACGGCGUCGGAUCAAACGACGCUCCCGCACAGCGCCGAGGUGGCCUCGAUGAAGGAACGCUUGCUGCUGAACGGCGACGACGCCGCGCCUUCCGCCGACUGUUCCGGGGCGGAAAACAACAGCGGCAACAUAUCGGCCGCCACACCGCGCAACAACAACACGUACGGCUUCAAGGUCAGCUUCGAAAACUUGCAAAAGGCCAAAGCGACGUGCGAGUACAACCACCUGGCCGUCAUGUCCGUCGAGCUGCACGUCCAAACGCGGGGUGACCUGCGCCCCAACCCGGACAUCGAUCCCAUUUCAGCGGUCUUUUACCGCAUCCACAACGACGUCCCGGCGGACCAUCGGAGGGCACCCUCCGUGUGCGGCAUCAUCCUGAACCGGCAGAGUAGUAGCGGUGUAGUUUCGGACGCGGUCAAGUACAACCAGUGCAGCUACACGGCGGACGUUGUGGUGGUGGGGAGCGAGCGCGAGUUGUACGAGAAGUUUCUGGUGUUGAUUUCGUUUUGGGAUCCGGACAUCUUUGCGGGGUACGAGAUUGAGGCGGGGUCGUGGGGGUAUUUGAUUCAGCGAGGCUACGCGCUGGAGAUGAACUUGAUGAAGAUGUUGUCGCGGGUGCCGACGGCGGAGAAGGUGCACGUGAGUGAGGAGGAGGAGCAGGACCUGCUGGAGAUGCACGAGUACAGUGCGGGGUUGAAGAUUCCGGGGCGGAUUUUGUUGGAUAUUUGGCGGUUGAUGAGGCACGAGAUUGCGUUGACUUCUUACACGUUUGAGAACAUGGUGUAUCACAUUUUGCAUCGACGAGUUUCGAGACAUUCGUUUCGGUUUUUGACGCGGUUGUGGAACAAGUCGUACUCGAAGUGGGUCGUGUUGGAGUAUUAUCUGGAGCGGGUUAAUGGGAACUUGGAGCUGUUGCAACAGCUAGACUUGAUUGGGAGGACUGCGGAGUUGGCGAAGCUGUUUGGGAUACAGUUUUAUGAGGUGCUCUCGCGGGGGUCGCAGUUUCGGGUGGAGAGUAUGAUGCUGAGAAUCGCCAAACCGAGGAACUUUGUGUCCGUUUCGCCGAGCAUUCAGCAGCGUGCCCACAUGCGAUCUCCGGAAUAUCUCCCACUGAUCCUGGAGCCCAACUCGCGGUUCUACGCUGACCCGUUGAUCGUGCUGGACUUCCAAAGUCUCUACCCGAGCAUCAUCAUCGCGUACAACUACUGCUUCUCGACGUGUCUCGGCCGGGUCGAGCACCUGGGACAGUCGGAACCGUUCGAGUUUGGUGCGUCCCAGCUGCGACUGUCGCCACGGAUGCUGAAGGUCCUCGUGGAGAAGAACCUCGUUACGGUGUCCCCUUGUGGAGCGGUCUUCGUGAAAUCCAGCGUCCGAGAAGGCAUCUUGCCGCGAAUGUUGAACGAAAUCCUGACCACGCGACUCAUGGUGAAGGCGUCGAUGAAGCUACACAAAGAAAACAGCAUCCUGCAGCGGGUUCUUCACUCGCGGCAGCUCGGCCUAAAGCUGAUCGCGAACGUCACGUACGGUUACACGGCGGCCAACUUCAGCGGUCGAAUGCCCUGCGUCGAGGUUGGCGACAGCGUCGUUAGCAAGGGUCGUGAAACUCUCGAGAGAGCGAUCAAACUGGUCGAAUCUACCGAACGAUGGGGCGCCAAGGUCAUGUACGGUGAUACGGACUCCAUGUUCGUGCUCUGCCCCGGUAGAACCCGCCAAGACGCGUUCAAGAUCGGCGAAGAAAUCGCAGAAGCCGUUACCCGAGACAACCCACCUCCCGUGAAGCUCAAACUCGAAAAGGUCUACCAACCCUCGAUCCUACAAACCAAGAAGCGCUACGUCGGCUACAUGUACGAAUCCCCCGACCAAGAAAAACCCGUCUACGAAGCCAAAGGCAUCGAAACGGUUCGCCGCGACGGCUGCCCCGUCGUCAGCAAAAUGCUCGAAAAGGUCCUCCGAAUACUGUUCGAGACGCAGGACGUCUCGCGCGUCAAAGAGUACACCUGCCGCCAAUUCACCAAGAUCCUCGAAGAUCGCGUCAACGUCCAAGACUACAUCUUCGCCAAAGAGUUCCGUGGCCAGGACGGCUACAAACCGGGCGCUUGCGUCCCCGCCCUAGAGCUAACCCGCCGCUGGAAAGCAGUCGACCCCCGCCGUGAACCACGCCGCGGCGAACGCGUCCCCUACGUCAUCAUCAACGGACCCCCCCUCGUCCCCCUUAUCCGCCUCGUUCGAAGCCCCGACGAACUGCUCGCCGACCCCGGACUCAAAAUCAACUCCAACUACUACAUCACCAAAGCGAUCAUUCCACCGCUGAACCGCUGUCUGCUCCUGAUCGGAGCCGACGUCAACCAGUGGUACAACGAUCUCCCGCGAAAGGUCCUUAUGCUGCACAACACCGGCGGAUCCGGUAGCGGAAAAUCCAAGCGUUCCCUCCUGGCAAGCGAGCUGCAACUCCCGAAGAAGAGUACAAUUUCGCAGUACUUUUCGACGACCAGCUGCGUGGGGGAUUGUGGCAACCAGACGCAUCGUGGGGUUUGUGGCGAGUGCCUCGGUAGGCCCCAGCGGACGGUGAGCUACGUGAUGGACAAGAUCAACCGGCUGGAGCGGAGGGUGGAGUUGGGGGAGAAGAUGUGCAAAUCCUGCUGCCAGCGAACGUUCGAAACGGCGUGCACCUCGCUGGACUGUCCGGUUUUGUUUGUGAUCAACCGGCGAACCCGCGAGCACGGCCAGGUUCAGUAUUAUCGCGACCUGCUUGAGGAAAUGUUCUAACUGUUGUUCAGACUCUUCCCGCUCAAUCGUCAUCCGAACCCAGUCCCUGAACUUGCUGAUCCAGGUUAUGACGGUAGGGCUGCGAUAGGCCGAACACGGGA